CUUUAAACGACCUGAACUUUGGUUGUCAUUGUUGGCUUGUUCUUGUUCUGUUUUUGCCAUUUUUGCCGGAGUGAAUUUGUCAAUAAACAAACUUAUUUUUCAAUUCAAGCAGUUUGUAAUUUUUCAAAAUGAGUAAAGCACAUCCACCAGAAUUGAAAAAAUACAUGGACAAGAAAUUAUCUCUGAAGCUCAAUGGGGGACGACAUGUUAUCGGUAUUUUGCGUGGUUUCGAUCCCUUCAUGAAUAUGGUGGUGGACGAAACUAUUGAGGAGUGCAAGGAUGGUUCUAAAAAUAAUAUUGGAAUGGUUGUAAUUAGAGGCAAUAGUGUGAUAAUGCUAGAAGCACUGGACAGAAUAUGACCUGCAAUUAUUUUAGAUAAUUUGAAAAUCAUUCGAAGUUCAAUAUUUUCAAAGCUGUAAAAUAAUAUUAUCAUUCCCAUGAUAAUGCAUCGAAUAAUUGUGUUUACUCAAUUAAACUCUUAUUUUCUAUUAGUAUAUAAUUUGUACCAAUAAUAAAACAUUUUUUUUAUAUAAAA